CUAGAGCGUAAGCGUAGAAGCAGGCAGCCAGGCAACGAUGGAGAUGCGGGUUGUUCUUCUGCUUUGCCAGGUGAUAUGUAUGCAGGCGGCGGUCAUCGGCGCCGUCGCCGCCGCCGCCGGCGCUCGGCCACCGGCGAUGUACGUGUUCGGGUCGUCGAUACUGGACGUGGGCAACAACAACUACCUGCGGGGGCCGGCCGUCGGCAGGGCCAACAGUCCCUACAACGGCGUCGACUUCCCGGGCUCCAUCCCCACCGGAAGGUUCAGCAACGGCUACAACAUCGCCGACUACGUCGCAAAGAGCAUGGGAUUCGCGUGCAGCCCUCCUCCCUACCUGUCGCUAGCACAGGCACCGGCACCGGCACCGGCACAGAGCUCCGGCCCUGACCUGGCCCAGACGGCUCUCACCAUUGGCAUCAACUAUGCUUCUGGAGGAGCAGGCAUCCUUGACUCCACUAACGCCGGGAACACGAUCCCGUUGUCGGAGGAGGUGAAGUACUUCGGCGCCACCAAGGCCAAGAUGGUCGCCGCAGCGGGCCCCAGCGCGGUGAACCCACUGAUCUCCAGGUCCAUCUUCCUCAUCGGCAUGGGCAACAACGACCUGUACGUCUUCGGGGCUUCGGAGCGGGCGCGGAACAGGUCAGACGCAGAGCAGCGGAGGGACGCCGCCGCCGCGCUCUACGCCAGCCUCGUCUCCAACUACUCCGCCGCCGUGACGGAGCUGUACUCGUUGUCGUUGGGCGCCAGGAAGUUCGCCGUCAUCAACGUGUGGCCGCUAGGAUGCGUGCCGGGGGAGCGCGUGCUCAGCCCGACGGGCGCGUGCUCCGGCGUCCUCAACGACGUCGCCGGCGGCUUCAACGACGCCCUGCGCUCCCUGCUCAUCGGCCUCGCCGAGAGGCUGCCGGGCCUCGUCUACGCCCUCGCCGACUCCUUCGGCUUCACGCUGGACGUCCUGGCGGACCCGCGCGCGUCAGGGUACACCGACGUCGCAAGCACGUGCUGCGGCGGCGGGCGGCGGCUGGGCGCGGAGGCCUGGUGCACGCGCAGCUCCACGCUCUGCGUCGACCGUGACCGCCAUGUCUUCUGGGACCGUGUCCAUCCGUCCCAGCGGACUGCGUUUCUCUUGGCGCAAGCGUUCUACGACGGACCGCCCAAGUACACCACUCCUAUCAACUUCAUGCAGCUCGCCCACUCAAGCUAGUGAUGAUAUGGUUCAUGCAUAUCUGAUACUACUUAACAAUACAUCGGUCACUUUGUAGAGAAAGGGCGCGCCGCCUGCUACUAGCAGAGAAAGGCAAUUAUUAGCCGUUAAUAUAAGGGCCUAUGUGUUCACGACCGACAUAAUCUUGGGUGUCAUCCAGCAUAGCCACUUUCCACCGAAUCGGCCAGACCGGAUUUGCAAAUGUUAUCAAAUCUUAUAAUUUGAGUUC